UCCCAAAGAUGGAGGCUAUAACAGAAGCGGCUUGAAUUUUGUGCCAUUCACUCCUUAUUCCAUUUUCUCUUUCAGCGCCUGUGACAGAUGGCGAGUCCCUCUCCCCCGGGGGGAAGCCAGUCUCUGUGAAUGCGGCCGCAUGUCAAUCACCGGCUCUCAUGUGAUGGCUCUUGCCAAUGACGUGCCAGCCAUAUGGGCCUGGCAUCAGAGCUGGUAUGUAACCCACCCAGUCCUGCCUCUGAGGUGCCACACGGCUCAAUCCACGCGUCUGGGCUGGGGAGAGCAGCAGCAGCAGCAGCAGCAGCAGCAGAAGCAGAAGAAGAAGAGGAGGAGGAAGAAGAAGAAGAAGAAGAAGAAGAAGAAGAAGAAGACAUGAGCAGGGAGGAGAGAGAGGAGUGAGCAGAGCAGAGCAGAGCGCAGCGCAGGGCGUGUGGAUGAGAUGCCCACCCGGAGAGAGAUGGUGUAAACAAACCCGCUUCUCCCCGUCACUGAGCCCCACCACAGAGGUUGCUUGCCACAAUGUUGAGCCGUCUGUACAGCGAGGUGCUGCCGGACGUCCAGAGGCUCGCGGCUGACUGGGUGGAGGACACCGAGCGCGAGGACUGCAACCUGAAGGGCGACGAGCACGAUCCCUGUCAUCUCGGGGAAGAGGAUCUGGACGACCCUCAGGAAGGCAGCAGUCGAGCCGAGUCCGAGAUGGCCGGCGACGACGACGAUGACGACGACGACGAUGAUGACGACGAGCCCGAGGAGGACGAGUGCGGAGACGAGAACGACGGAGACAAACCCAAGAAGCGCGGCCCUAAGAAGCGCAAGAUGACACCGGCGCGCGCGGAGCGCUCCAAGGUGCGCCGCAUGAAGGCGAACGCGCGCGAGCGCACGCGCAUGCACGACUUGAAUUCUGCGCUGGACAAUCUGCGCAAGGUGGUGCCAUGCUAUUCCAAAACCCAGAAACUGUCCAAGAUCGAGACUCUGAGGCUGGCCAAGAACUACAUUCUGGCUCUUGGAGAGAUUUUACGCAAUGGGAAACGUCCAGAUGUGGUGACCUAUGUGCAGAUGCUGUGUAAAGGCCUGUCACAGCCCACGACCAACCUUGUGGCAGGAUGCCUGCAGCUAAACACCAGGAACUUCCUGACUGAACCGUGUUCAGACGGAGCUCGCUUCCACAUGCCCAGCUCUCCUUUCUCCGUCCACCCUUACUCUUACCGCUGCAACCGCAUUUCCAGCCCGCACUAUCAACCCGGAACAGGCGCGCUCAAUUUGCGGGGCCAUUCCUACGGUUCUGGGUACGAGACCGGUUACCCGCCGGGGGGGACAUCUCCUGACUACAGCAGUCCGGACUAUGAAGGCCAGCACAGUCCGCCUGUGUGCGUGAACGGCGCCGGCGGCGGCGGCGGCCUGUCAGGGAGGCAGCAGGAGUCUACAGACACAGACAGGAACUAUCACUACUCUAUGCAUUACUCCGGACUCAGCACGUCCAGACCCAGUCACAGCUUACCCUUUGGACCCUCGGGGGCGCGCAGUGGCGGAGCGCACUCAGAAAACAUUUCCCCUUUCCACGACGCGCAGUUGCACCACGAAAGGGCUCCUCCAUAUGAGGAUCUCAAUGCUUUUUUCCACAACUGAGCCCCUGUAACAAUCCUGGUCCAGGCUCACUGACCUUAUAGUGACAAUCCUAUUAUGUGUAAUAUUGUUUGGAGAAAAAAACAACAACAACUACAACAAAAAACAAAAAAAAAAAACCCAAGAGGAGAUGGAAGCGACUCAAAGAUUCCUCUGAUUACCUUCUGUAUUCCACUGAUGUCAUCAUCCCUAUACUGUUGUACAUCCUAUCAAAGUGUGUCCAGUAUAUUAUCAUGUAUGCAGAACGAAAUGACGUAAACGAUGUACAGGCCCACGAGGAAAAAAAACAAAA